AUUUUGAAGUUUUCGGGCCGGAACUCUUCUGACUGCCGUUGCAGCAGGAGCGAACGAGGGAAGCUGCCAUCAUUUUUUCGCAGCUAUUUUCUGUCAGAAUAACAGAAAAUUAAAGCUUUAGGUUAACUAGAUUGGUGACGGUGUCCUACAAUGAUCAUCCCUAUCCGGUGCUUCACGUGUGGGAAGAUCGUGGGUAACAAGUGGGAGGCAUACCUCGGCCUACUCCAAGCCGAGUAUACUGAGGGUGAUGCCCUUGAUGCCCUGGGCCUGAAGAGAUACUGUUGUCGGAGGAUGCUCCUUUCUCACGUGGAUCUUAUUGAGAAAUUGUUGAAUUAUGCUCCACUGGAGAAGUGAUUGCAGCUGGCUACCUUCAAGAAUGCAUGGACUUUGUGGGGCUGUCGCAUGGACAGAUUUAUAUUAUUAUGGUGAUGUGACAGAAAAUGCCAACCACUGUGAAGACUUGUGAAACUUAAAUUUUGUGCACCUCUUUGAAGAUUUUUUUUUUUUUCUAAAUAAAGCUGUUAAAUGACAUUAUUACCUGUAUUACUGGCUUAUCUAGCUGCCAACAUCUUUCUCCAGGAAACUAAAGUGAAAAUGAGUUUGCACGCUUGUGCUGUAUCAGUGCACUGUGCAUUAAAGCAAAGUUUCACCUCAUCUUAGGGAAAAUGAUUGGAUUCAACAUCGUAAAGAGACCCGUAUCAGACCUUUGGAAAGCUGGGUUAAUCAAACGUUGUCCAAUGCAUGUGAAUCAUUGUCUGAUCAAUCAAUAGCAAUUGAAGUAUACAGUAACUUAGGUGUUUUGACUGCUUCAAGUUCAAAUACCGUUUUCAAUGUCUCACUGGCAUAUGAACAUACAAAUGUAGGAGAUAUAAUUACUAGAUCUUUGUGGUCCUCAUUCAGCAAAUGCAAUAGGUCUUAAAUGGCUGAGGAAAAUAAAAUGCUGGAAUUAUAUUUUCAGGAAA